UAUUGUAAAUAGAAUUGAAUUCGAACAAGCAAAUAUUAACCUGAGUUUCGCGUUUCGGGUGAGCGCAGGCGCAGCACGCGAUCACUUCUUCUUUCUUCCUUUCUGCAACACAUGUGUCUUCUUUUCUUGUUUUAUAGUGGCAAUCACAAACAAUUUAAAAACUAAAACGCAAUUCAAAUUCUGCCUAACUCAUUUUCAUUCUCCAGGUAAUCAAUAUAUUGCAGAAAGCGGAGGAAAUGGAAAGGGCCAACGAUCAGCACAUUACCAAAGUUCUCUUUUGUGGCCCCCAUUUUCCUGCUUCCCACAUUUACACUAAAGAAUACCUGCAAAGCUAUCCUUUUAUCCAGGUUGAUGUUGCUCAGAUCAGUGAUGUGCCUGAUGUUAUUGGAAAUUACCAUAUUUGUGUUAGCAAAACUGUGAGGCUAGAUUCUACUGUUAUAUCUCGUGCUUCCCAGAUGAAGCUCAUAAUGCAGUUUGGUGUUGGCCUAGAUGGGAUUGAUAUUGAUGCUGCUACAAGGCUUGGAAUAAAAGUUGCUAGAAUUCCUGGUGUCAAUACUGGAAAUGCAGCAUCUUGUGCUGAAAUGGCUAUAUAUCUAAUGUUGGGCCUACUUCGAAAGCAGAAUGAAAUGCAAGUUUCUAUAAAGCAGAAGAAGCUUGGAGAACCAAUUGGCCAAACUUUGUUGGGCAAGACAGUAUUCAUAUUAGGAUUUGGAAACAUAGGGAUUGAGUUGGCAAAGCGCUUGCGACCAUUUGGCGUAAAAAUUAUUGCCACAAAAAGGAGUUGGACAUCAAAUUUACAAGUUCCUAAUCAACCAAAUGGGGUCCCCAUUGAGAGUGGUGUCAAUGAUGAUUUAGUAGAUGAGAGGGGCAGUCAGGGAGAUAUUUAUGAGUUUGCUGGCAAAGCUGAUAUAGUUGUUUGCUGCUUGCUUAUGAAUAAAGAUACAGCAGGAAUUGUAAACAAAUUGUUCAUUUCUUCAAUGAGAAAGGGUGCUCUCUUGGUAAAUAUUGCUCGAGGAGGUCUCCUAGACUAUGAGGCUGUUGCACAGAACCUUAAGUCCGGUCACUUGGGAGGCUUAGGCAUUGAUGUUGCUUGGACUGAGCCGUUUGAUCCUGACGAUCCAAUUCUAAAGUAUGACAAUGUUCUAAUCACUCCUCAUGUUGCUGGUGUAACAGAAAAUUCUUACAGAUCCAUGGCGAAGGUUGUUGGAGAUGUUGCACUUCAACUUCAUGCAGGCACUCCUUGGACAGGCAUAGAGAUUGUUAACUGAUUCAUUAUGUAAUUCUUAUGAUUUUCAUAGAGUUUUGACCUUCAUUCAAUGUUUAAAGGCACUUACAAGAUUUCCUCAAAAAAAAAAAAAAAAAAAAAAAAAAAAA